AUGGAACUGGGUCCUAAUUCAGCUUUCGCUGUCCACAGUCAAGGUGCAGCUCUGCAAGAUGACCACACCACAGUCUCCCAAGGUAUUUCAGUUCCACAGAAGCCAGUCCUGCAGGCACAAGAGGCCAACUCUGCCACUUGCUCCUCCGUAACUGUCUGCUGGAAGGUGUCCGAGGGCGGCGUCAUCAGCUGCGUCCACGUCUGCGGAAAGACUGAAGCGCAGGAAGCCACAUCUGAAGAGCAUAAGGUGACGACAAAGGAGAACUGCUGCACCCUCGAGGAUCUGGUCCCAGACAGCAGCUACGACGUGUGGGUGACUGAGGAGAGUGAGGCAGAAGCCAGUCCACCCAGCGAGAAGAUGACUUUCCUCACGGCCAGAAAUUUGUCACGUUUAGGAGGUGUACGCAUGGUGAUCAGCACCAAGCCAUGCUCCGUACUCUGGGACUCGGCCACCAUCCGCUGGACCGCCGCCUGUCCGGCUGCUGUGGAGACCUACACCUUGGAGUACUGCCAGCAGGGCGGCAGUGAGGGAGAGGGUCUCAGGUUCAUUGCAGGUAUAAAAGGCUGUGAACAGAAUGUCUCCCUCCACCCAAAGAGACGUACCUGUUCUAUGUCAAAGCUGUGAACUUCGCAGUGGCCAGCGAGCAGAGCGAGGGAGCCCUCAUCUCCACUCGGGCCACCAAGUUCUACUUGCUCAAGGACACUGCUAACUCCGUCCUUGACGUGUCUGAGGACAGCAAUGAGGUGCAAUACCCCGGAAGACUUUCAGCAGGAGGUUCUCUCUUAACACCCCCAAAUGCCCAGGCUUCUGGGGGGAACUCCUGCCCCCACGCUGAUACUUCUACGGGGAGACGGAGGUAGGAACCUGGGAGGCCUAUCGGAUUGGGGUGGCCUGCCAGUCAGCCUCCCGUGACGUUGCGAUGGGAGAAGACGGAAAGUUCUGGUGCUUUCGCCGUGUUUCACUCUCUCCCAGUGUGCAGUAUGAACUCCUCCACAACAAAGUGCAGACGAGCAUCCGUAUGGCAGGGGUUCCCUCCAGGAUCGGCACUUUGUUGGACUACCAGCACGGGCGGCUCUCCUUCUUCGACGGCCAGACCGGGCAGCUCCUGGGCUCUCUGCAGCAUGCCUUCACUGAGGCCUGCCAUCCUGCCCUGGCCCUGGAGCAGCCUGGCACCCUAGUCCUGCAGGCUGCCGUGGAGCUUCCAGCGUUCGCCGUGCAGGCCUGACACUUCUGCAAGCAUUUGUACUUCUGAACUCAAUGGCAGCAGGUGAGCAUAAUUUUCCCUUUUUUAUUUUUAUAUUCUCAUCAUAGAGUCUAGUAUUUCAACUGCGAUUUGAUGUUCCUUUGUACAAAAAUGGUUUUUUAUGAGUAUGAUGUAACUUUGCAUACCAGUUUUAAUGUUUCUGAUAUAACACAUAGUGUGUAAAUGUUUCCCCCCUAAAGAAUUUUCAGUAUGAUUUUAAUUCACUUUAGUGUUUCAUGAGGAUUUCUGUGCGUGAUAUUGGCAGGACUGAGAGGUCAAGAUUAUGAAACUGACACUGUGUUUUAUUUUUAUUGUUUUACUUUUUUCUUUUCUUACAAAUGUUUCUUUAAAAUUCUGUUUUUUUUUUUUCUUUUAAGUACUGUUGAUAAAUAUUCACCUUCACAGUGUUUGGUUUACAUGCUGAAAAGUCCAUGAAAUAAAGUGAGACAUUACUGCAGAUGCAGGUUUGAAAACGUGGGAAACGCAAGAGCCCAGACCAGUUUCGUGAAACUGUCCCAGCAUGCUUGCGUCUAUGCGAUUUGUCACGUGGAAAUGAUACCGUAGGACAGCUCAGGACUGGCUCACAACACAGCUUAAAGCACAUUAACAUGUGACAAACAUGUUACUGGUGAUGAAGUUCUAGAUGGUGGUGAAGCAUUACUUCACGUUGCUUCGGUGUCUUGAAAACAAAUGCCUUUCUGUUGAUUGCACUGAUUUAAAAAAUUGCUGCCUGGUUACUACAAAUAAACGUUAUGUAAUGACAGAUGGAUUUCAAUACUCCCACUUUGUGGUUUGGUCUAAGCUGUAAAUGAAUGGGGCUGUGUUCAUUUCCUUUGCCCGUGUUCUCCUCAGUACUUGGAUAAAAUUUAAAUUAAAUUCAAAAUUAAAUUUUUGAAAUUGAUUCUUUGCAUUUAUUAUUGAUAGAGUAAAUAAGGCCAAGCCUUAGAGUGUGCUGUGCAUUUUUGUUGACUGAAAGUCGCUGAAAUGUAACUGAACCACCUCUGCUUUUGGACUUGACGCUGUAUUAGUUACCAAUAAAGGAAGAUAUGUUAAGUGAUUCCCAGAACCCUGUCCAGAAGGAACUCAUUGCAAACCCUGGAAUUUUAAAUCACUUUAUGCAGAUGGUCCAGCUUGUUUGUAAAUCUAAACACUAAUGUGUCAGUGCAGGAAUAAAAGUUUCUGCACUUCCAAAGUACAAACUGAGAAUAUUCUAAAAAAUUCUGUGCGCUGGCGUAUGGGCACUAUUUAUCAAAAUGCUGUUGAGUUUUUCAAUAUUUGAAGAGCAGUGUAAAAUGUGUGUUUUUAAACUUGAAAAACUCAUUCAUUGUUCAGUCUUUUAUAUUAACACCUGGCUAGUAUGGAUGCUGCUUUUGUUUACAGAUAGUUUAUAGAUGCACUGGACAAGAUUCCUUAUUAUUCACAUUUACUAAGUGUUGGAGAUUUUGAGAAAUAUGUAUAAGAGACAGACAAUUUGAGAAGGUGAGUUAGUUUCAACAUGCAGACUAAUAGAAAAUAGUUCUACGUGCAUAAAAGAGCCGGGAUGGUUAGGGCGGAGUUUUGUGUUAUAAUUCCUA